AUGUCCUCUCCGCCUCGUGCAUCAGGCCGCGCGCGGUUGUGCGCUCCGGGACUCUUUUCGGGGCUGUCGGAAGCCCAGCAGCAGCCGGUGGGGAAAAAUGGCUGUGCGCUUUCGGUGCCCGCCGAAGUCACUGUGAUCCUGUUAGGUAUCGAAAGUACCACAACCCCGAUUGCUUUCGUGAAGGACAUUUUAUUUCCUUACAUCAAAGAUAAUGUUAAAGAGUAUCUGCAGACACAUUGGGAAGAAGAGGAGUGCCAGCAGGGGGUCAGUCUUUUGAGGAAACAGGCUGAAGAGGACUCCCACCUGGAUGGUGCUGUUUCGAUCCCAGCAGCAUCCGGGAAUGUGGUGGGUGACCUGCAGCGGAUGAUCCAGGCCGUGGUAGUUAACGAGUGCUGGCAGAUAUCUCUGGACCGGAAGACCACAGUGCUGAAACACCUGCAGGGCCACAUGUGGAGGGCAGCAUUCAAAUCUGGGAGCAUGAAAGCAGAGUUCUUUGAAGAUGUGGUUCCAGCAGUCAGGAAAUGGAGAGAGGUGGGAAUGAAGGUGUUUAUCUAUUCUUCAGGGAGUGUAGAGGCACAGAAACUGUUAUUUGGGCAUUCUACAGAGGGAGAUAUUCUUGAGCUUGUGGACGGUCACUUUGGUACCGAGAUUGGACACAAAGUGGAGAGUGAGAGUUAUCGAAAGAUUGCCAGCAGCAUUGGGUGCUCAAUCAACAACUUGUUUCUGACGGACGUUACCCGAGAGGCCAGUGCUGCUGAGGAAGCUGACAUGCAUGUAGCUGUGGUGGUGAGAUCUGGCAAUGUGGGGUUAACAGAUGAUGAGAAGACUUACUUCAGCCUCAUCACAUCCUUCAGUGAACUGUACCUGCCUUCCUCAACCUAGAGGAGGAGUUCUAAGGAAGAACAAACUGUCUUCACAGAGUUGUCCCUGUAGUCUAGUUUUAUUCUAAUGGUAAAAGUAAUUUACUUA